AGCCGCAGCCGAAAUUGGACCACGUCGUCAAUACAGUGCGAAAAAAAAGAACUACCUACGAUGUUUUUUGCUUUGGCAUAUAUUUUCGCUAAAGCUUCACCGCGACCCCGACAACAACUAUUGUGAUUAACUAACAGAAUUUUUAGACUCCUUUAACCCGCCCAAACAAUCACGCCCUCAUUACAACUACCUACACGGAGAGGAAGCACAGUUACAAAGUACUAUUUGUAGCCUUUAUUCCUGUAGUACAGAGGAAAGAUGAGGACGAGGAAAGGAGUGUGUUUAUAUAAUAACUCACUCCCCGCGUCGGUCGCACUAUGUCAUCAACAUCAUUUUCUUUUUCUGGUACUUCUAGCUGCGGCCGCCUUGCUAGUACCGUACUCCUCCACCAGCGCAGUCGUAGCUGUACUAGCGCUGCCUCCGUUGAUGUCUCGUCGUGGAACUGCAUCAAGAAUAACCACGACCCGGCCCCCGACGACGAGUACUGCUUCUGCUGCAGCAGCAGGAGGUGAUGAGAUAAUACAAGGGGCUGCACCUCCACCGGCAGGCGAAAGUAGGCCUUUUCUCCAGAAGAAAUCCAAAUCGAGGCUGUUGCGCGGAGGUGUAGACCGUAGUGGUCGUAGAGCUGCACAAGGAGGUCGUGAAAGUGCGCCCUUAUUGCAGCUGCAGGAGCCGACCUUUCUGACGUUGGCGAGAUCUGAUUCUGAAUUUUUGUCCUCGUCUUCAACUACCAUAGAGACCAGCAGCCGCACUGGUGGCGGUGCAAUCGCAAAGAGGACACAUUAUGCGGAGCAGGACGCAGCUGCUGCUGCACGGAAUAAAAGAACGAAAAACCGAAACGCUUCCGACGACGUGAAAAAGAUAAUUCGCGAGAACAUCAACUACAACGCGACCGAGCAGGACGAAGAUGAUCCUGCGCAAAAACUAAUGCGGCUGAACUUCCUUGAGACUGCAAUUAGUGCAGCGGCGAGUCGGGAAGAUGUUGAUUCUAGGGAGCGACGAGAGCCGCCCGUCGGGUUUCGAGUUCGUCCAGUGCCCCGCGAAUACUGGAAGGCAUCCUGCCGGAGGCACAACGACGAAGCCUCGUGUCUGGGGGAAGAUCUAGUAGAGGUGCUGGAGACCUCGAUGAAAAGUAUUAACCCAGAAACAUCAACAUCAACCCCUCUUUAUCGAUCCAAUGCGGAGAGCUGCGAAUGGGUUCAGUGGAAUGAAGAUGCGUCCCCCGACGUGUAUACAUGCGAACUUCGCGUGACACCAAGGGACCCACCAGACGAAAGGGGAAGUGGCGAAAAGUACCUGUUCCGGAGCAGUAGCCGGUUUCGACAGGAGACUUCUGCGCUUAUGAAAAGCACCGGGCGGUCCGAGGCGCCCAGCUUCUGCCUGGCGGAGCACACGUUUUGCGAAGGCACCGCGCAGAACCAGGGGCGUCGGUUGGGACUCUGCUGCGCCGGGUACGAGUGCCGCCGGUAUCCGCACUACGCCAUCAUGAACGAAAGGCAGGCACAAAGCUCCUUCCCUGGCAGAACUGAAACUGCUCGCAGAGGAGAAAUCGGCAGCGCGGCGGUGGAAGUCAGUGGAGCACGCGUCCGGCUCGGAGUUGCAAAUCUUGUCAGUGUGUAUCAAAUGCAAAAAUGUCUGGGCCUGGAAGAAUGCUCGAUUUGUUAUGCAGCUUUUCCAUGACCCAUGAGGUCUGGAAUGCAGGACCUAGCAUCACAGAUUUUGUGCGAUGUCUCUCAUGCCUAUCCUGCAUGAGAAACUCCCUCCCGACUUGGUCAAAACCGGACGACUUUUGGUAAUCAAGCAACACAGAUUUUUGCAUGCUUCAGAUUUUGCAUGACAAGUUGCAUUCUUGCAGACCCAGACAUUUUUACAUUUGAUAGUCUGCACAUCGGCCGCGACCCCACGUUCUACAUCUACAAAGCGGUCGUAUAUGCACUGCAAAUCUAUCGCACUACCUAGUAUAAAUCGCAUGACAAAUUUCCUCAGCAUGAGAAAUGAAAUCUGUAAUGCGGAUUUAACUUGACGCAAUCCAUAAACGCGAUUAGUACGAGUGCGAUGCUAUUGCCAUGCAUAUCGUGCCGUUGGAGGCCAUUUUCAUCUUCACCUGCAUGAUCUAUGCCACGCCAGUCAGUGACGUCUCUAUGCACCGCAAUAAACGUGUCUGGGUUUGGAUAAGAAAGUUCGAACUCAUGCUGGUCUAUACAUGCCUGCGAAAUUUGUGUUGCAUGACCAACAAAAGCCGCUGGGCGCUGCCUCUUUUGUCAUACAAAAACUAAAAGGACGCAGCUUCUCAUGCGGGUUGCGCAUGCCCGUGCGAAAACGUUCUGGAAAGUCAAAGUUUAUCUUCAUCAUCGACACUUUGGCAUCACAAGUUUCCAGACCCAGACACAUUUGCAUUUGAUAGGCUCCGGGCGACUACAACUUCUUUUCGGCAUGUUUCUGACCGGCUUCGCGAUCCAGUGGACCAUUCUCGACCGCUUGCCCCGGGUCCCUUACUUGACCGUGCUCGAUAAGUUUAUCUUCAUGGUCGUUGUCAUCUUGUUGACGGUAGGCCUCGGCAGUUGCUGCGCGUUUCUGGUCUGGCGGAGCGAGGAGGAGGGCGACGGAGAAGAUGUAUGGAAGCGUCAGGAUCGAAAUCAACAAAAUCGAAAUAAUUUGUGACGCACAAAAUUGAUACCACUUGGGACCUCAGUUGCCAAGUGGCGCAUGACAAAUUUCGGGAGCACCAAAAUCCAGUUUGUAAUGCUGUUUGGGGAAAGAAGACCGCUCCUGUCAUGCUACUCGGGCAGCGCAUCUCCUUCUCCUAAACAGGCUGGCAAUCGCUCUUAUUUGCCUGCUCCCCAACACUGGCUCUACGUGCUCUACAUUUUAUGCAUCACAAACUUUUCGACUUUGUCAAUUUCAAUCCUGACGCUUCCAUAAGAUGGCUCGAACCUUUAUUCCUCGUCUUCCGGAAGUGGCCGCCGGUCUCUGUCCGCCUUACACAAGCCGUUUGACAGUUUGGCGAGUAAAACGGACUUCUGCUUCUGCGCGUUCGUAUUGUCCGCGUUCGCUUUUGGGCACUGGCGUCUGUUCCGGGCGGUUACGCGGCAGAACGACCUGGGGAACGGUAUGUACCGAAAAUGGGUCCAAGGGGGGAAUUGGUACAACGCCGGGGCGGAGAUUGUGAUUGGGUACAGGUUAUCCAGUGCAAAAGUACUGCGCUCGAAGCAUUCGUUGUGACAGAUCUCGCUUCUCAUUCUCAAGUGAAAGAAAAAUCAGCACUGCGAAUUCCAUUUGCAUUUGCAUGAGUGCUUCCAGUAGUUGUGCGAUGCUUUUGCAAUUCAUACAGGCUGAGGCUAGACAGCUCCGGCGAUCAGGCGCGGCUUUACCAAUCUAAAGGGAGACCAGUGCUGCCGAUUAACUUUUGA